CCACCCGCACACACACACUCCAAGGAUCUAGCGUUUUCACACGUCGCACGUGCGAGUUGUUGUCCUCGUGUCGUCGGUCAUGGCGGCUUCCUUCUCUCAGCAGCUCGAGGAUUUGUUGAAUCCGCUGCCGAAGUUCGUGGAUCCGGAGGACGGUGAUGAAGACGAAACGACCAAAGCCAGAGUGGUGGAGAAGUUCAAUGAUGAAGAUGAAGAUGAUGAUGACGACGAAGGUGGACUCGGUCGAAGUUCUCUGCGGAAGAACAACGCGACCCUGCUCUCUGACACAGACCGACGGUACGUGGGUAAAACUGUGUCCCGGAAACAGCUGGAGGAGGAUGAGGAAGAUGAUGAUGAAGGUGAGGAGGAAGAAGAUGAGGAGGAGGAGGGUAGCAUUGAAGAGUUAGAAGAAGGUGAGGAGGAGGAGGAGGAGGAGGUGGAUGGUGAUGGAAUUGAUGUAGAUGAUGAGGCUGGAUUGAAAGGUUGUGACACCACCUUCCCUGAAGGUGUGGAUUUCCAUAAACUGACGGAAGGCAUGGACGACCUGGGAGUGAGUGAAGAUGAUGAUGAUGAUGAUGACGAUGAUGAUGAUGAGACCGAAGACAGCGAUGAAGAGGAAGAUGGUGAUGAAAUGGUAGAUGAAGAUGGUGAGGAAGUGGUGCGCACUUUCUCCAAAGAGAAGGUGGACGAGGAGGUGGCGAAGGGCAGAGCCGUGAAGAACCAGCUGGUUCUGUGGGACCAACUCCUCGAGGGACGAAUCAAAAUGCAGAAAGCUCUGGUAACGGCCAAUCAACUUCCACAGCCGCAGAUGCUCCCGGAGUUCAAGAAGAGGGGCGGGGCUGAGCUGGCAGCGCCGCUCAAGAAUGCCCACAAAGCUUUGAAGGCCCUGCAGAGGACUUUGCUGGAGCUGCAGGAUGAGCUGCUCUGUCAGAACUCAGACACCAGGGCAGUUGCGCUGGGGGACACGGCCGCCACGGGUGAAGAUGAGGACAUUGACAGUGAUGAGGACAAGGAAGAGGAGGAGACGGUGAAGGACGUAAGACCACCAAAGCGGAAACUGGAGAUGACCGAGUAUCCGGACUUCAUGGCCAAACGCUUUGCUGCCUUCCAGCCAUACCAGAACACCACGCUGCAGAAGUGGCACGACAAAACCCGACUGACCACCGGGAAGAGCAGCAAAGGCUUCGGAGCGUUUGACCGGAACAUUCUGACACAGGUGGAGCAGGUGCUGAUGGACAAAGAGCGGCUGCUGCGGCGCACACAAACCCGACGCUCGGAAUACCGGACCCUCGGGAAGAAGGUGUCCCUGCUCGAGACCGUCCCUGCUGAGGAUGGGGACGCCGCACAACCGCAACUGAAGGCCAACACACACCUCAAAGAAUUGGACGAGGACAUAUUUGACGAUGACGACUUCUAUCACCAGCUGCUGAGGGAACUCAUCGAGCGCAAGACGAGCGCGGCCGAUCCCAACGACCAGGUGGCCAUGGGCCGGCAGUGGCUGGCCAUCCAGAAGCUACGCAGCAAGAUCAAGAAGAAGGUGGACACCAAGGCCAGCAAGGGACGCAAGGUCCGCUUCCACGUCCACAGCAAGCUGGUGAACUUCAUGGCACCAGUCGACCACAGCGCCAUGGACGACGAGGCACGCAGCGAACUGUAUCGAGGACUCUUUGGUCGGAACUCUGCGGUCAGAGAGUGACGGUGAGGACGUUCUCGUGAGACAGUGACGUGAUAACGUUCUCAUGAGAGACUGACGGUGAGGACGUUCUCAUGAGACGGUGACGGUGAGGACGUUCUCAUGAGACGGUGAGGACGUUCUCAUGAGACGGUGACAGUGAGGACGUUCUCAUGAGUGACGUGUUGAGUUCUGAUGUCUGAUUUUGUCCUUUGUCUCUUUGACGUUUACUAACUUCAGUUCCCUGUUAAAACAUGUUCUUAAGAUAUUGAACACCUGAACUAUAUUCAAGUAAAUAGUUUUACAUCAA